AUGGGGGCCCCCCAGGCUGCCGCGCUGGCGGCAGUGGCGACGGGCCGCCACGGGGAGAGGCAGCUGGCGGCGAACGUGCGCUCGACGGUAAAAAAGGUGAGGGCGCCCCAGAGGCUGCGACGCCCGCCGAGGACGCCGUCGAGGCCGCCUCUGAGCUUGCCGCUGGCGCCGCCACCGAAGGCGAGGAGAGUGACGGCGAGCCUCUUAAGACUCUUGAGGCAGGAUCGCUACUCAACGGAGGUCGGCACCCGAGGCCGCUCAUUCUUCGAGGGCAAGGCCGUGUCCGAUCAGGCCGACCAGCUCUACCAGGAGACGUGCCAGUCGUUCGCGGGCGACUGCGGCAGGCUCGGCCCCUCGCUGGGCCCCCCGGGGGAGCUCGACCGCGCGCUGAUCGAGGUGUCCGACGAGAAGUUCUUCGAGGGCUGGGGCGGCAGCGCAGGCCACCUCCUGCUGGCGACCAUCGAGGGGCUGUUCCCGGAGCACGGUCGCUGCGGGCCCGCGAAGCUGCCGCGUGCCCACCGUGCCCUCCAGGGCCGGGGCCGCCCGGCUCCUGGGCAGUCGCGCCUGCCCGAGGCGCGGCCUGCAUGGGCGGCGGUGAUGGGCGAGCUGCUGAGGGUGGGCUGCCGCGCGAUGGCCUUCGAGGUCGUGGUGUCGCUGGUGACCUACGGAAGGCCAGGCGAGAUUCGCGACCUGAAAGCGAAGUGGAUCACCCCGCCCGCGACCAACGUCGGGCCGUUCUGGACCAUCUUAAUCAGAACCAUCGUAAUCAAACCGUUCGAGGGGUCGCGCCCAAUCAAGGUCGGCUUGCACGACGCCGCCGCUCUCUGGGACAAGGGGGGGACCUGGACCACGCAGCUGCCGCGCCAGUUCGUGCGAGGCAAGACGGGAGACGAGGCGGUGUUCAGCUUCGCAUGCGCGACGUACCUGAAGCAGUUCAUGAUGGCGGUAGUGAUGCUAGGCCUGCCCGAGCUGGUGCCGUGCCAGCUCAGGCACAGUGGCGCCUCGCGGGACCGCCUCCGCCUCCGCCGCACCUCGGGCGAUAUUCAGAAGCGGGCAAGGUGGGGCGGCCGCGAGAGCGUCGCCAGAUGCGAAAUAGGAGGUCGCGCGUAG